GGGAGUCGCGCACCGGAUCUCACAGAAUCCGCUGCAGUUACCUCUCUCUCGGUAAAACAACACCGUUUAAAUCCCCUGUUCACUUGGACAAUUAUUUAAUAAAUAAAAAACACUCUUGUACUCAUCUUCUGUGUCUAUUUUAUCAAUUAUUUUUAUUAUUUCAAAUAAUACACUCAAGAACAAAAACUAUCUUCGGAUUAUGGAGCGAAUUUCAAACUCACGACUCGCAGGAAACAAGGGAUGAAUCCGUAACGAGGAAGCGUGAGACCCUGAAGAAAUGGCACUGACCGUAUCCUCGCCCCGCGUUUUCAACGGAAACGUGGGAAAGCAGGCUUAUGGAUCUACUGAAUCAACCUCAGGCAGCAAAUGCAUUUGUUGUCCUUAUGGAUAUCACAUUGACUUGGAUUUUGUCGAGUACUGCGAGGCUGUUGCAGCCGGAAACAUUGACAAAAACACUAUCGAGAGACGGAAGAAGCGCGAAAGACGGAGACAAUGCCAAUCUAUGGAAAUUCUACUCGGAUUGGUGAGCCCGACAUUCAGCGAACUUGAAAACGAACUGUCGAAAAUAUCACAGCAGGACGAAGGAGUUUCAAACGGAGUAACGACCUUACCGAGGUCAGGUCACCAGACCAGUCGACCCGGAGGUAACAAUCCUCAUCCGUACCAUCAUCAACACUCGACGGCCCUGGACUUGAGUGACGUAGUCGGGGAUUUUGAAGCGACUUUGCAGCGACUGUCUAAACCCUACAAGAAUUAUGAUCGCAGGAAUCAGAGCGAAACCGAUGGAGCGGCGAUUGGUCAUGCAAUUCAACACACGAUCCACGCGGAUCAUACCACGGAUUUCGAUGCCUCGAGUGUGGGGAGCGGAAACUCAAAUCUCAGUGCAGGCGCGCUUCAGAACAUCAGAGAGCAAAUGGCGAUGUCGCUUGAGAGAAUGAGAGAGCUUGAGGACCAAGUAAAAGCGAUCCCAAUGCUGCAGGCUCAGAUGAUUGUCCUGAAAGAAGAGAAGAAGAAGCUCGAGAAAACUGUCGACAAUUUCAAGCAGGAUAAUUUACUAAAGGACAUAGUGAACUCGAAAAUUCAAAAUCAACUGAGAAGCAAUUCAUUUUCAUCGGAAAAACUGCCACAAAAAUGCGUUGCUGUAAACACGAGGGACAUGGGAACUAUGUGUGGCGUUAUGACGCGAGAUGUGGGAGUUUCACACCAACAGGUUCGGACACGGGACGUCGGAAUGACUACAAGCACUCCAAUCCAAGUGAUAGGCCGUCCAACCGAAUUUACAACUGUAAAAUUAGACGACUUGGACUUUGAGCCGAGGAAAGCUUUUGGCUCUCCAACGGCCAGGAGAAGUCUAAAAAAAUAUCAAUCACGUGAAAAUAUCACCUCCAUCUACAGCAAUAAAGACUCCUCGAGUUUAUCAAAUCUUUCGCGAAGCAGCGAGUCCAAUUCUACGCCUGAAAUGAAACGAAAAAAUUCGCUAUCAAAAAUUCCCUCGUAUCAAAAUUUGUCGUCGCCAAAAGAACUCAAAGACUCGUGGACUAACACUGAAAGUGCAAGGCUGACUCGCAGUGAUUUAUUUUUCGAACAAAUUUCACCGGAAAUCAUAAAAGAUCCGGAAGUUCGUAAGACCCGCAGCUCUGCUACAGAAACAACAGUUAAAAUGUCUAAUCUUUACACCUCAGAAGAGGUAGCCCGCAUGGUCGAGGAAGCUGUAAGCAGGUACCGCAAUUCGAUGACUAAACAAAUGGCAACAAAAGGUAUUCAGUGUCUGAAAAUACUUCCGAAGAAAUUGGCAAUGAGACAUAAAGAAACCCAAACGUCAGAGCCCUUCAAAAUGAGGUCUCAUGUCGGAGUGACCGUUAAGCCCCGCACGUCUGAAAUUGGAACUUCGAUAGGACCAUCAAGCCCAGGAACAAAAUCAAUAGCCAUUGGACCGGAUCCUGUUUCAAUCGUACAGCCGAUUUCACUAAAUUCAAUGAACUCAAGGAGCCAUUCGUUCAAUUACGGUGACACUAAACCCAAAAGGAAAACUACGAGGACCGUUGGGUUGAGUGUCGAAGGAUUGAUUAAAACUACACCCAAGAGUACCGACACUGUGGGCCUCUCGCCAAAGAGACGUGAGUUCGGUACAUCGCCUAUUAAGAAAAAGCUAGUCGACGUUUCUGUUGGUGCUUCUGUCAAGCCACAUAUUUCUAUUUCCUGCGCUGCUAACUAUUGCGACAACUGCAAAGAAACAAUAAAAACACUUGCCAAGCAGAUUUCAAAUAAUAAUGAGAAUAUGUACAGAAGUUUGGAUAACUCGCCGAACCAAGCAACUAAUGGGGUCUCGAGGAUACCAAGACCCGCGAACAUUAACUUAAACACCACUGAUCUGAAAAAGCAAUUCAAGAGGCAAGACACCUACACCAAAAUUCCCGUUGGAAUCAUACGCUAUGAUGCCGACAACAAAGAAUCGUAUGAUUGUAAUAAGCAUGAAAUGGUGGGAGAGGAAAUCAAAAACGACACCACUAAAGAAUCCAAAGAAAUAAUAUCUCCUGAGAAAGAAAUAAACAGUGAAGAAAAAACAAGCCUACCGGAUUCAGCGUUAUUUGAGCCAAUACGCGAUAAGUCUCGCGUGAAAAAGGAACCGUCGAAAGAAAUGCGCGCGGCAUUAAAAGUACUGAAUGACAACUUGAAAAAAUCUCCCAGCAAAAAUAUUUCCCAUCAGACCAAGAACGCCACCAACGUAAUCCAGCAAGAGUGGUUUAAAAUAUCGAGUGUCGUGACAGCGAAUCCCCUGGAUGUCGAGGACUACUUGGACUGCUUCGAAGAACACUCAAGCAUCUUGCUGGAAUACAUCGUAAACAUGGUCGAUACCAAUGGAAACACUGCAAUGCACUACGCUGUUUCUCACGGCAAUUACGAUGUUGUUUCAAUUCUUCUCGACUCAAAAGUUUGUGACAUUAACAAGCCAAAUGCUGCUGGUUACACUCCUGUGAUGCUGACAGCCCUCGUUGACAUUAAAAAUUCAACCCAUGCCUCCGUCAUCACCAGACUUUUCCAAUUGGCUGAUGUUAAUACUCGCGCUAAAAUUCAUGGACAAACGGCGCUGAUGCUUGCUGUAUCUCACGGAAGGACAGACAUGACCCGAUUGCUGCUGGAUGCUGGAGCAGCUGUCAACAUCCAGGACGAGGAUGGUAGUUCUGCGUUGAUGUGUGCCGCCGAGCAUGGGCACGCCGAUAUUGUUAAGCUUUUACUGGCAAAUUCAGACUGCGACACAUCAAUCGUGGAUGUUGACGGCAACACAGCUCUGACCAUCGCCGUCCACGCGGGCAAUCGCGACAUCGGGAUGCUUCUGUACGCUCACGAACAAGUCAGCAGAGGUACGAGUCCGUACUCAUCUAUGAGAAGAAGUCGACGGGGUUCUAAACCCACAACACCAACGGGACCUUCUCCGUCAGCACCAGCCAGUCCUGCCCCUUCGCGAAGAUUUACUCCCACGUCUAAGUACUCCGGGAAGUAAUUUUCAAUUACUUGCAUUUGUUUUUUUCUUUUUUUUUUUGUAUUUUUGUUGAACGAUAUGAAGAGACGUAAUUAACAAGAUGUUUAUUAUUUUGACGCAUAUAUAUUUUUCUAUUUCUCAAUCUAGGAUUUCAAAACAAUCUAGAGAAGACUAGUCAUUUUUUAAUACAUUAAUUAUAAUAAUUAUUGAUUAUUUUUUAAUGAUAACUAUUGAUAUAAUCAAAUUAAAAGGGGAGAUUAGUUUUCUCAGGUGCUUGGAAGCAACUUGGUGCUCUAUUAUCAAAUUUGUUCUAAAAACUACUAAGUAAACACAUUCCCCUCCUCUUUUUCUCAACGACUCAAUAUUUCUACGUGUUAUUAAUUAAAUAUUGUCCUGAUUCAUAAAGAAAGUGUUAAUCGAUAGUUUUGAUGUCUUCCAAAGUUUUAAAUAUUUAUUCGAUCGUAAUAUUUGGUAUUAAGUAGCACUAGACAUUCCAGAUACGGGGUUUUUAUUAUGAUAUUUGAUAAAAAAAGGGCCUAAACAAUUUUUAAAAUCAUGGGGAACAAUUAAGUUUUCUAGCAUUUAGAUGCUUUAUAGACUUUUAAAUAAUUAUAAAAUAAUAAAUAAAGACUAGACAUUGUCCUACUCAAAAAAAAAAAAAAAAAAAAAAAAACCUUGCAUUUUGGAAUGAUAGUCAAAAAUCGUCUGACUAGAUUUACUAAUCGUUUAUCCUAUUCAAAUAAAUAAAUACGAUGUAUCAGACUGACUUACUUACACAUUGUGGUAGUAUAAAAAUUUUUAUUAAUCAUCGUCGAGUAGAUCAUGUCUGAAUAUAUGUUGAUAAAUCGUUAGAAAA